UAUUUUGGUUCUUCUUCAGGGUCGAUUAUGUGAACGGAAGUGUUCUUCAACUGUGUUUCUGUGGAUUUGGUUGUGUUAGCGAAGAUGGCCUCUCGGAGCCAUACGGAAUUCUUCAUAUGCAUGCGGAACAAAGCGUCCAUGAACCGGCACUACCUUGCCGAACAGGUCACCAACGAGAGAGAUACUUUAGUGGAGCAUGAAAUGACGGAUGUGGAGCUUAAUGCCGGCUCAAGGCUUCUUGGUGGACAAAAACCACCGGAAUGGCUCGAUGCGCUCGACGACGUGCAAUGUCACUUGGACAGAUUACCGAAAAAAAUCACGGAACUGGAAACCCUACAUGAUAAACACCUCAACAGACCCACGUUUGACGACUCUGCGGAAGACGAACGGAGAAUAGAAACGUUGACCAAAGAAAUUUCGCGAAUAUUUUCGCAUGCUCAAGGAUUACUUCUUGAGAUCAAGGCGAAACCGCGCGGAAAAGCCGAGGAAGAAAUUCUUCGGCAGAACGUGAUGCGGUCUGUUGCCAUGGCUCUGCAGGACUAUUCUGCAUCUUUUCGGCAGGUGCAAUCGUCUUACGUGCGAGCUUUGAAAAGUCGAGAGGAUUGGUCAGACCCAUAUUUUGCCGUGCCUUCGAAAAUGGCGGCAGAGGACGAUUUGAAUGCUACCUACAGUAAUGGCUUGGAGGAUGCCCUGCGAGAUCCGUUAUUUGGCAUCAAAUCUCCAGACUCUGUUGGUGGAAUCGGGUCUCAGCGACAGUUGUUGCUUCGGAUGGAAGAGGACACGUCUUGGGCCGAUCAGCGAGACAAAGAAAUCAGUCAAAUCGUGAAGUCUAUCGUGCAGCUAAACGAGCUUUUCCGGGAUCUUUCACAAAUGGUUGUUGAACAGGGUACUGUUCUCGACAGAAUCGAUUACAACAUUGAGAACUCUUCAGUAAGUGUUCAUGAAGGGCUCCAGCAGUUGCGGAAAGCGGAGACAUAUCAGCGAAAAAACCGCAAAAUUCUCUGCAUCAUGGCAUUGGCCGGUACUUCGGUGUUCCUUCUCAUCAUACUCGUUUUGGAUGGACGAAAUGCCGUGCUUUCGAACAGCCGAGGAGAUAGAACAACCCCAACUGUCGUAGCGGUUUCAAGUGAGGAACGAUUGAUAGGUGCUACUGCUAAGCAACGGAUUGGUCGACCAGGAAUAGAUAUAGUACAGGGCAUGAAAGCAUUGGUCGCCAAUCCUGAUCCUGCGCAAAGCCUUUCUUUAUGGCCACACAGUGGUUUUGUAGCCACAGUUGAGUCCGGGCCGGUUUUUGCGCUAACAAAAGCUGGCGACAGUCAAGAGGUGAUGAGUGUUGAAGAGGCCCUGAAUAUUGUGUUCAACGAGUUUAUGGAAAUCGCUCGGAGCCAAGUGACGAAAUUGGACGAAAACCUAAAAGCUGUACUGACUGUUCCCGUGGAAUUCGACGACCAGAAAACGGAUAUCUUGAAGCGAGCCGCUGCCAACGCCGGUUUUAAUGUAAUUCAAGCAAUUGCUGAACCUGCUGCCGCGGUCCUUGCUUAUGAUAUCGCACAGAAGGACUCUCUCUGCACCCCGACUUGUUUGGUGUACCGUGUCGGUGGAACCACUAGCGAUAUUACCAUUGUCAGUACAACUUCUGGACUGUACUCGAUAGAGGGUCACAGAUAUUACGCAACUCUCGGUGGAGAUUUGUUGACCAAAGCGCUGGCAGAUCAUUUCAGAUCUGAAUUUAGUUCUAAAUACAAGAUGGAUCCUUGCGAGGAUUCCCGCCGGGCAUACCAUAAGCUUUUUGCCGCAGCCGAGGAGUGCAAACACGUUUUGUCAACCCUGCCUUCGUCGAGUGCUUUCGUGGAAAGUCUCCGAGACGGAGUGGACUUCUCUUCAAACGUGACGAGGGCCCGGUUUGAGAGUGUCGCCAACGUCCACUGGGACCGCUUUUUAGUUCCUGUUCGAGAGAUACUCGCAGAUGCUGGGCUUGGGUUUGAUGACAUCGACGUGGUCAUUUUGGCUGGAGGAACCAUGAAAAUCCCCAAGCUGCAAAAACUAGUGAAAGAUAUGUUUCCAGAAAACACGACGUUGUGUUUUAGCAUACCUGCUGAUGAGGUUGUGGCCGUUGGUGCGGCUCAGCAGGCCGGAAUAAAGGCAAACUCUGCGUUAUCUGCUCCGCCUGCAUUGACAGAACUUGUUUGUUUGUCUCGUGGAAUUUUCUUUCAGAUCGGCGAAGAAGGAAAACCAAGGUGCUUAUUAGCAGCGAAAACAUUAAUACCGGCGCAUCAUGUGGAGCAUUUAAAUGACAACAUCGAAGAGGGACGAAUUUCGCUCAAGUUUUUUGAAGCAGAUUGUUUGAAGGAGUGCCAUGCUGAAACUGCGACUUUUUUAGGAAGCUUGACUUUAGAUUCACUCGCGGAGGAUGCUCACGUCAACGUUUCGUGUAGUGUUUCCAAAAUUUCCAGCGGGGUAAAUCAUUAUUUAAUCCUGACUUCUCGCUCGUCGAGAGGAAGUGAUCUGCGUAUCUGUGAAUGGGCUUUGGAGAAAAUGCCCGGUGCCUUGUCACUCAGUGCACUGGCGUCAUGCGUCAGCUUCUGGGUCACAAUUCGAUUGGUGCGGAAAUUUAAGAAUACUUUCAUUGCCGCCGGGAUUUCCGGAAAAGAUUUGUGCAAGAAAGACCAUCCUGUGAUACCCGAAGCAUGUGGCGUUUUGUCAGGCUGCAUAUUCCUUGUGGUAAUGUCAGCGCUGUUACCAGCGACCUUUGGGCACCAUUUGAUCUCUGGGAACAAGAAUGUAUUUCCGUACCAUGAGUUUGUGGAACAUCUCGCUGGGAUGUUGUCAAUUUGUUGCAUGAUCCUUCUCGGAUUUGCCGACGACGUGUUGAACCUUCGUUGGAGACACAAGAUACUGCUGCCUAUGCUUGCAGCCCUGCCGUUGCUUUGCGUGUACCUGGUGAAUUUUAAUUCAACCACGAUAAUUAUUCCGCGUCCUUUGCGUGUUUUGUGUGGAUCCUCCAUUGAUCUAGGAAUGUUCUACUAUGUGUACAUGCUUCUCAUCACGGUAUUCUGCACAAAUGCCAUCAACAUUUACGCUGGGGUCAACGGUCUGGAAACGGGUCAAACUCUGGUGAUAGCUUUAUCAAUUGCGCUGUUCAACGUUGGGGAGCUGAUACUCGGGAUUGACCCCGCAGCACACGCCUUGUCGCUGUAUUUCAUACUUCCCUUUCUGGGGACAACUGGAGCAUUGUUCUACCUAAAUUUUUAUCCUGCGGAAGUUUUUGUGGGUGAUACUUUCUGCUACUUUGCCGGGAUGACAAUAGCUGUCGUGGGAAUCCUCGGUCAUUUUUCCAAGACGGUGAUGUUGUUUCUGUUGCCGCAACUUGCGAACUUCCUUUACGGGUUGCCGCAGUUGUUCAGGUUAAUCCCUUGUCCGCGACACAGGCUUCCGAGAUUUAAUCCCGAGAAAGAUGUGGUCGGCGUUAGUUCUGUGGUUUUCAACGACAAGCGUAUCGGACGCAUCGGAAGUGCCUGCCUGAAGAUCUAUAGAAUGCUCGGCAUAAUUCACUACGAAGAAGGUGUUGUGGAUUAUUCUCCGAAGGAGGUUGGGGAAGGAGACAAAGUCGAAGACCGUGGAGAUGGAAACGGGUUGGUGAGGUGCAACAACUUGACGCUCAUCAACCUGUAUUUGAAAAUAUUUGGGUCAACAUCUGAGCACAACCUCGUGACUGGCUUGUUGAUUUUUCAAGGUCUCAGCAGCUUAGUGGCGUUUGUGAUUCGAUAUCCACUUGCGGGACUGUUUUACGAUACGUGAAAAAAUGACUGCGUUCAGAUUGUGCUGGUCAAUCGGGCUGCCGUGUGUUGUCGUCUUGUUACCACGGGAAGCUUUCCCUGUUUGUCUGUUUUUGAGUGUGCUGUGUCGAUGAAGCGCGCUAAUGUGAGACUUUCGUGGCAUUGGAGAGGAAAGUGGCUUGAUAUCUUGAAAA